AUGUCCUUGCAGCUUGCACACAUCAUCUUCUUGUCCUCUCCCUCCCAACUGCACUCAUCAUCCAUAACCAGGAACAUCCGCUUGUUUGACUUCUGCACAUUUGGCAGGAGCAGGACGCCCCAGCCUCUGAGAGUAAACACGCAGACACCAGAGGAGAUUUACAAGCGGCUCAUCGACGCACGAAAGACUUACCUCUUCAUCCGACUGAAGACCGGAGAGGAUCCUCAGAGCAGCAGUGAAGACCUUCGACCUGUACAAAGCCGAGAUGAUUCUCCAUCCAGCUCUGCCUCCACGUCCGCUGAUCAAACCCAAAUGAACCCCAGCUGCCCUGUUCAACAUGUGGAAGGUGACAAAGUGGAUGUUCAGUCCAGCAGAUCACAACAACAGGACACGGAAACAGAGGAAGUGGAUGAUGAAGAUGCUGCUGAGAGCCAAGUGGACUCCAGUGAUGACGAAGACAAAGAUGGAGAUGAGGUGUUCGACGGAGACGACGACUGGAAACCAGAUCCUGAGGUGCAGUCGCCAAAGAAGAGGAGGAAGAAAGAGUCUAAAUUGUCUGUUGUGAAGGGGCAGUUGAUUGGGAGCAGUAAAACGCCCUGUAAAGUCUGUGGAGUUUGGUACAGGAACCUGGGCAGUUUGAUCAAUCACGCCUGGAGUCACGUUGAGGAUCCACUGCUUGUUUGUGGAGUGUGUGGAGAGAAGUUUGAAUCUGUAGAAGAGUUAAAGGGACAUUUCAGAAAUGAUCAUAAAACUAACGACUGUUCAUAUUGUGGAAAGUCUUUCCUCACCAUCAGUAGCCUCAACUCCCACACCACUCUACACACAGGAGACAGACCGUUUAAAUGUGACGUUUGCAACAAAACCUUUGCUCGAUUGCCCACCUUAAGUGUUCAUCGUUGGGUCCACAGGGCGGAUAAACCACACAAGUGUGAUAUUUGCCCAAAGGUGUUUGGUCUAAAGACGCAGCUCAGAGCUCACAGCAAGAUGCACGCAGGUAGAGACAAGUACCACUGCAAUGUUUGUGGUAAAUCUUUGGCCGACCUGCGAUCUUUAACUCGCCACAAGUUGACUCACUCUGAGGAAAGACGUUACGGCUGUGAAGUUUGUGGGAAGCGUUUCAAACUGCCCGGUGGGUUGAAGUCGCACGAGAAGAUCCACACCUCCAGAGACCGGCCGUACCUCUGCCACAUCUGCUGCAAGACGUUUGUGACAAAUCACAGUUUAACAGCUCACAUGGGAACACACAGCAACGAGAAGCCGUUCACCUGCAGCAUAUGUAGCAAAGGCUUCGUGUCCAAGGGGGAUCUGAACUCGCACAUGCGUGUGCACACCAGUGAGGCGCCGUACGGCUGCUCAGAGUGCGGCCGCCGUUUUAAACGCAAGACUCACCUGAACAGCCACGUGAGGAGCCACCUGGGCAUCAAGCGGUUUGUCUGUGGGGUUUGUGGGAAAGCGUGCUCUCGCAAAGACCACCUGGCGGCACACAUGAGGACCCACAACGGAGAAAGACCGUACCAGUGCACCGUCUGCGACAAAACCUUCACUCAGAGCCACUGUCUGAAAACACACAUGAAGAGCCACCAGGGGGAAGAAAACCUGAAUUGACCAAAGUUUUCCCAUUUUAGAGGGCUGCAUGAUGUUGGAGCCUAUGGCCCGGAUCAGACAGAACGCGUUUUAUGAAGUGAGGGACGCUGUUUUUUUAACUGUAUUCUAUUGGCAGUGAGCGUUCUGCGUGCUGUUUAUGCGUCCUGGGUGCCUCGCGUUUUGGCCGCCUGCUGCGCCUUGCGUUUUCAAAGGAGCGCUCUGAGCGCACAGAAUUGAAAAACCAAGACAGCUGUUUCAAUGGUUGCCUAGCAUCAUAAUAAAACGCGGCGCACUGCUCUUUUCAAAUCCAACCAAAAAAAGGCACUGCUGUGCACCUCGCGUUUGUGAACCUGCAAAGUUCUUUCUGUCUGAUCGGGGCCCUUCUUAAAUGUGACUCCACUUGGAUUUCAUCAAUAAUCCAUACAGGAUUACCAAGGAAAACAAGAUGCCAAUGUUGUUGUUCAGAGUCAAAUGUACUUUAACUGAUAUACCAUGUUUAAUAAGUGUUAAUCUGAAGAAUGUUAAGUUUUGCCAAAAUGUGAUUGCAGCCUGAAUGAAAUAAAGUCAUUUUGAGGCAGAAAUAA